AGUACUUGAACGGAAAACUUGUAAGCAGUUUCGGGUGGGAGAUAAUACAGGGGCGCAUCCGGCUACUUCUCUAAUCUCCUUGCAAAUCCUCAUCAUUCAAACCAAGGGGCAGAUCGAAAGGCAAUAAGUGGACGAAUACACAUAGCUGUCGCCGUUUUUAUAAUGAUUGACCUCUUUCGGUCAUAUACAUCUAUUCUCACUAGUUUAUGAGAUCAUCUCUUCACGAAUGAGACUUCUCCUCGGCUUCUGCUUGCUUCCUAUACUUGUGUCCUCCCAGCUAGCAGCAGUCUACUCGGACGCUACAAGAACGGAUGUUUGCAGCAACUGGAGCAGCUGGGGAAAGUGUGUGUGGCCAGAUCAGAAAACUGGGAAACCAUACCUCGAACAAAUCUCCUCAAUUUGCCAACACCAUUGGUUCUACAGUUUUAUAAAACGAUAUGAAAAAUCAUUGAACAGUUUCUACUCAUAUAUGGGAAGUGUACUGAAAUCCAAAAAACCAUGUGGACUCUGCUCUUACAAGCAAUCGUGUGGAUUCGGUGGAGCUGUAAAGUGUAAUCAGAGCCCGUUGUCAGUAGAAGGAACCCGGCCUCUGAUUCCAUUUUAUGUCGCUGAACGAGUUUGCAGUGAGAAAGAUCUUGGAAAGAGUCAAGUGGAUUCUUGUGUUGUUGAUUAUGAUGCAUUGAUGGCAAACGGGAGGGAAUGCCAACUAUGGCCAUCUACAAAAGUGGAUUUAUCAGAUAUUGAGCCAGCAUUCCGUGAGCAUGUCCAUAAUCUUGCGUGGUACACGUGUCUUCCGCAGAACAGAAAACUCCGAAAAGGUCGCGGAAAGAAUAUCAAAUUCCGCACCGAAAAAGUAUGCCGCUGCUGUUGUUUCCCAUUCCGCCCGAAUCCGAAAACUUUCAAAUGUGAGCACGAUCCGGGAAGUGCAGUGGCUCCGGGCAUGGAAUUGUUGGCCGGAGAAUUUAAUCGAAAGAGAAAGAGGGUUCAAUAAAUAAUAUAAUUUGUUCUUCAUCUAAUAUUUAAAUGUGUACAUAGUAUUAUGCAUUAAAUUAAUCAAUAUUAUGAGAAAAAUGUGGAAACAUACAAAAAAGAAAGAAAAGCUAGUAAAUUUGUUUUAAUAAUUCUAAUCUUAAAUUUAAAAAAAUCGUAAUAAUAAUUUAAUAAAUACAUUGUUUU